UUCCAUGUUUCGUUCUUCAAGUUCUCUAUAUAUAUCAAUAUCGAAACAUGAAAUACUAUCAUCAAAGCCCCAGACCAAGAAAAAGAACCGUACACAUCUGAGACGAUGAGCGCCCCUCGUGACGAAGGAUUCGUAGUCCUACGCUUCUUUGUGUUCCUCACGGCGGUACUCUAUGUCUCGUGUUCUCCGCUGGCAGAUCCCGCUGAUUUGUUGAUGCAGUGCCUGCAGGACUAUUUCCCGGAAUCCUACCCAUUCUCUGGGGUCGUCUACCUCCAGAACAGCUCCUCGUUCCAAUCAGUUGCUCAAUCUUAUGCAAGGAACUCCCGUUUCCUAAGCUCCUCAAUCCUGAAUCCCAGCGCUGUAAUAGUCGCCAAGAAUGAUGCCCAUGUCAAGGGGACCGUUAUUUGCUCGAAGAAGGUCUCCUUGGAGAUCAGGAUCCGUAGCGGGGGUCAUGAUUAUGAGGGCCUCUCAUAUGUCUCCAAGGUCCCUUAUGUGAUCCUCGACCUGUACGAUCUCCGUUCGAUCUCCCUCAACCUGAAGGAUAAGACCGCAUGGAUCGAUACAGGGGCCACAACCGGUGAGUUGUACUACGCCAUCGCCAACGCGACUAAGACUUACGCCUUCCCAGCUGGAGUUUGCACAAUGCUGGGCGCAGGCGGGCAUUUCUCUGGUGGAGGGUACGGGAAUUUAAUGAGAAAAUAUGGCCUCUCGGUGGACAAUAUUAUCGAUGCAAAGAUAGUCAACGUGAACGGGGAGAUCUUAGAUAGAAAAUUGAUGGGAGAGGAUCUAUUCUGGGCAAUCCGGGGAGGAGGCGGGGCCAGUUUCGGUGUCAUCCUCUCGUGGAAGAUUAAACUGGUCCCGGUCCCUGAACGGGUGACGGGUUUUUCAUUUUCGAGGACUCUCGAACAAGGAGCAACUGACCUUGUCGUGAAAUGGCAGCAAGUGGCUGAUACUAUUGAUGACGACCUCUUCAUCAGGCUGCAGAUAACAGCUGCCAAUGGGACCCAACCCGGGAAGAAGACCGUGAGCGCAAACUUCGUAGCCCUUUUCCUAGGGCAGACCCCAAGACUGCUGUCUGUGAUGAAUGAAAGCUUUCCGGAGUUGGGUUUGCGAGAAAAGGAUUGCAUCGAAAUGAGCUGGGUGGAGUCACUGCUCUUCUAUUUCGGCGUACCAAAGAAUACUUCCAUCGACUUUCUGCUUCAGAGGGGCCUGGACAAAAAGUUUUUCUUCAAGCGGAAGUCCGAUUUUGUUAGGGAGUCCAUCCCAAAGGAGGGUUUGGAAGCAGUGUGGGAGAAGGUGAUCGAGGCCGGGAGCGUGAUGAUGCAAUGGAACCCAUAUGGUGGGAUGAUGGCCCGAAUCAACGAGUCUGCCACUCCCUUCCCCCACAGGGCCGGAAUCAAGUUUAAAGUCCAGUAUAUCGUCAACUGGUUUGCCGAGAAUGCGACGAAGGCCAACUUGGACCAGACGGAUGCGGUCUAUGAUGCCAUGACUCCUUACGUCUCCAAAUCACCAAGAGAGGCUUUCUUGAACUAUAGAGACCUCGACAUUGGGAUCAAUAGGGACGGUAAAUUCUGUGAGGCAGAGGUUUACGGGUUGAAGUACUUCAAGGGCAAUUUCGACAGACUCGUUCGGGUCAAGACCGCAGUCGAUCCUGAAAAUUUUUUCAAGAAUGAACAGAGCAUUCCAACUCUUAGCAAGAAUUACUGA